UCUGUGCACAUGGAAUCGGGUUCUUGUGAAGCGAGUGUUCCUGGAGUGCACAUUGAUUCUUCUUAAAAAGUUAUGUAUGGGUGCCGAAGUCUAACACAGUCCACCUUCUCCUGCUUUAGAACCCAGAGUGGUUAAUUUCACAGAGAAAAAAGAGUUUAGUGUCUCUGUUGGACGCUUCUUUAACAUGCUGGCUUCGCACAACGCGGCCAAACCGACGUCUCAGGCAUAUCGCCCAAACCCGAAAUGCCUUCAUGGCAAAUCCACUGGCCUCUCUUCUAUGCCUAUGGUCACCACUCAUAAUAAUUUGCUGGCUGUUGAAGAUUUAACAAACACCUUGACGUGAUGAAUGCUUUGAUUGAUUUGUCACUUAGGUUGUAACCUCGCUUUGGUUCGGCUCCUAGCGACGUUGCAUCUUUUCUAGUUUUUUGAAAAUCGAAACGUUGAAAAGGUGGGGCGGUUGUCAUGUGGUUACGAAGGUGAACUUGCGGAGUCGUUUUCAAUAGUUUUGUUUUGUUUCUGAGUGGUGAGGUGUAAGCAUUCAAAAUCACUCGGAAAUUAAGGAAAUUAGGUUUUGGGUAGGGAAAAGUUGUCGCGGAAGUUUUAGUUGAGUUGUUGUUUUUCGGUGGUUUGUGGCAAUAUUCUGCUACGUUGAUUAUCAACUAGACGAUAGAUUUAUUGCUUUCGUGGGAGCUAUCCAAAAAUUGGCAAGCAAUGGUUGUCUGAGAGAUUUUUUGGAAAUUGAAGAAUCUGGACAUUGGGGCUUAGUGUUAGUCAGAACAGAAAUCCGAGCCUAAUUUUGAAGAUCUCUCUGAGGAUUUUAGAGUAAGUUUAUCUCGUUUCGAAAUGUGAAGGAGACUUUCGUGCAAUAUAAGAUUAUGGAGAGAAGCUUGUUGAAUUGCAGGUUUCCUGAUGUUGAAACUGGAAAGCAGUAUUAUGAGCCAACUGAUGGGAAGUCUGUAACUCUUGAAAAUGAAGCCUCAAAUAAGAGACGGCGCACGGAUCUGUAUGAAAGGCCGUCUCUCAUGCAGCUCUGCGUGCAUCAAGCGACACUAAUUUUGCCUCAGCUUGCACACCAGCUCCGUUUUAUUCCAAACGAUCUUGUUGUAACCCUUCUUCAAGGUUUCCUAAGGAGGUUUCCAGCUCCAUCCUUAUCAGAGCUGAAAUUUGUCUGCGAGGCUUCCUGGAAUCCCCAAAAUUUGAGUCUCUGUGGAGUGCAGCCGAUAAAUUCUAGGGGUGUGCAAUGUAUUUCUAUUCUGCCUAACCUUGUGCGGCUUGAUUUGAGAGGAUGGUCAUGGCUCAUGAACCUCGAUUUUCUUCCUGGUUUGAAUUGUUUGGAGUGCCUGGUUUUGCGAAAUUGCGUGCACUUACCUCCCGAAGCCCUUCUCUAUAUUCGAGAAUUACCUCAAUUGCAGUGCUUAGAUGUCGAAAAUGUAUCGGCCAUGACUGACAAUCUUGCCACUUACAUCGUAUCCGGGUUGACACGUCUUCGGGCUUUAAACAUUGGUUACACCUGUAUCGGUGACAGCUUGGUAGAGGUUCUCACGUAUGGAUGCCGUUUGCACACUUGGGCCUCCCAUCAAGACGAGACCAGAGUCGAAGAUAUCAAGUUAGUUACAGAAAGUGGUCACCAUGGAGUAGAAACUCUUCUGAGACAAUAUCCUGUUUCCAGUUUGGUAUAUUGGCGGCUUCAAUCCACUCAAAUCACGGAUGUUGCUGUUGCUCACUUGCUAGCGAUACCAGAUUUGCAACUUCUUGACGUGCGGCUCACAAACGCGACAGGCAGAUCGUUGUUUGCUCUGAAAGCUAUGCGCAAAUUGAUUGCGCUGCCGAACAAUGCUAAACUAGCAGCCCGAACAAAUGCAAUGUUGGCCGGAGUAUUGGAAGGAGAUUGCGGCUGCAGGGCCAUGGCACGACAGUCCAAAGCCUCAAACUCGGAUGCGGUCACUGAUGAGCUGGAUGCUUUGUGGCAGCAGGCUUUUGUCCAACUUCUACAAAGAGCAAGCUCUGAAACUCCGCAAUGACAUCGAUCAUCUCAUGUUUCCUGGAUAAUAUUAAAUGGUACCAUUGUGUUGCACCUUUUACAUAUGGUAAUUCCAAUAGAGAUUUUGCUCGAGCAGUGACUGUACGACGUAAUCGAGGUUGGCUUCUGUCAGAUUCUGAUGCCAAGAGUAGAGGUGCAACAGCCUGCUUUGUCGUGCAUUUUAUCACACGGCAAGGAGGUGACGGACAAAUGAACAAAUAUUACCUUGUUCUCUUCAGUCAUUGCGUGCGUCAAUUUUGAUGCUAGCUGUUGGACUCAUGAAAAAGGUUACUAAUUACUUGGAACACAAGAAAUGUAUGUACAUAAUUAAUUAAUUGAAAACCUUAGUGGUUACUACCACUUGACCCUUCAAUAUUGGUCAAGUGUUCAA